AUGUCCCUAGCAUCUGAGCUCGAAAAGAGCUACCAGAGCCUGCUGGCGCGAUCGAAGCGGCCCGACGCGCAUAUACGCAACCUCGAACAGCACCUUUUGCACGACAUCAUCGCGUCCUCCUCCCGCACCUCCUCCAUCGAAUCAGGCCUCAGCAGCAACAAUGCAUUCGACUCCAGCCCGGCCCGGGUCGUGCCCGUGCCGACACGUGCGCCGAGUUAUUCGGCGCUGUUGAGCCCGCUGCCGGUGUGGGGCGCGCCGUUUGAGAGCCCGGCAGCGGGAAGCGCGUCGUCGUUGAUGGCUGCGGGCGCGUACCUCGGUGGUCCGGACACGAGCCCCGUCCGACACGCAGGCGAACAGCCACGAUCGAACUCUGUGGCCCACGCGGCGCAUACAGUGACGACUUCCCACCCGACGCGCGUAAAUUCCUCUUUUGGGUAUCACGAGUCCAGUCCGGCUCUCAGCGAUAUGAGUAUGCGCUAUCAGGACUCGUCUAGCCCUAUGAAGUACGGGGCGGGGGCGUAUCAGCAUUGGCGCCCGAGCCCCGUCGUCGCGCCUGCGCCCGUGCCUCAGCCUCAUCACGCGUCUUCCGCGUCCUCGUCUUUUUCGUCCAACCCUCUUGCCUCUUCUUCCUCUCUGCAUGCCCAGCCUCAAUCACGACCGUCUUCUUCUGCACGCGCAAGCCCUUUUGGCCCCCCUCCGUCCACAAAGCCAAAUCCUUUCGGCACCGCCACGGGCCGGACGAUCUACUCGUCUUUCUCUGCGCCCGCGCCCGCUCCAGAGCUUCCUCGGGCGCGCCCGUUCGCCGCUGCGUUCGAUCGCCGGCCUGCGUCUCCUUCUCCUCCGCCUGUUCCGCCUCCACAACAUUCGACGGAAUACAAAUCGCAUAUCUCGACUACUACGACUACUAAAGCUAGGACGAGAACUAGGAGAACUUUGCCAAGGAUCGCCGUACAGUCGAAGCCUAAAGCGCCCCCGCCGAAGUAUGAGGAAGAAGAAUCUACGUCUUCGGCUUCGCUUUCUGAGCCCGAGCCUGCGCCCGUAUACACGAAACAGGAAGACGAGGAGCCCGGAUCGGGAUCGCCUUCGCUCUCCCCAACAUCCCCCCUCUCGCCAAUCUCGCCCAUCUCACCACUAGUCGACCUCUCGACGCCCUUCUCGCCCGGACCCUCCCAACCCGCCGACCAACCACGACAAGAUCAAAACCAAACGCCGCAGAUUCCCUCAUACGAACGCGUCUUCCUGCCGUACCGUCCCCCCUCGCUCCCAGCAUCAGUCCCAGCGCGCUUCAGCCCGCGCAAAGCGCACAAACGCAGGCGUCAGCCGUCGCCUACGUAUAGUACGGCGGUGGGGACGAAGCCGCUGCCGGCGCUCGAUUUGAGUCCGGUUGUGCCGGUGCUUGAUGCGAGGAGGUUGGAGAGGGAGGCGGAGGCGGAGGAUGCGAGUGAUGUGGACGAAGGUGUAGAUGGGGUGUAUGGAGGUGCUGGUGGUACUGCGUCGGGAUCGGGGCUGGCAUUAGGGCUUGAGAUGGACCCGGACGAAGAGCUCGGAUUCAGCCCUUCAGGGCCCACCUACACCGACGCGCGCGACUGGCGGCGUGCCGCCCGAUCCUUCAACAGCGAACAGGUCAUCCGCGUCGAAACAUCCAGCCUGCCGCCGAGCAAAAGGGCGCGCAUGACGGAGACGGCGGGCGCGGCGGAGAUGGGCGUGUCGAGGGCGGAGGCGGCUAUGAUCUUCAAGGCUACGAGGGCGAGUCUGGGCGAGGGGCUGAGGAGGGUGCGGACGAGGAGGCUGGUGGAGGAUGCGAAGAGGAGGAUUGUGGGGAGUGCGGAGAAGAAGAAGGGUGGGAAGAAGGGGAAAGGAAAGGGGAAGGGGAAGGCGGUGGGGAAGAAGCAGACGGUGGAUGUGAAGGGGAAGGGGAAGAUGCGGGAGGACGAUGUUGAGAUGGAGGUAGAAGUCGAGGUGGAAGCGGAGGUUGAGGUCAAGGAAGAGACGCCUGUACCGGCUUCUACGGGCGUAUCGACGCGUCGGUCGACCAGGCUGAACCCGAGCGUUGAGGUUGAGACGCCGCCACCACCUCCUCCGAAACGCAGAUCAACGGGUACAGGCAAACGUAAGGUGUCCAAAGCCGCUGCAGCGGUGAGGGCAGCGAAGGAGGCGGAAGAGGCUAGAGAGGCACGGCGCGCUGCUGGGUUGCCUUCUGAGGAUGAAGAUGAGGGUCAGGAUGAGGACGCGGAAAAUCUUAAGGAAGAGGACGCGGAAGAUCCCAAGGAAGAGGACGCGGAGGAUGCGAAGGAAGAGGACGCAGAAGAAGCGAAGGAGGAAGACGUAGAAGAGACUGUGCCAGAGAUGGAAGAGGAGCGCAAGGUUGAGGAGAUCAAGGAUAAGAAGGGCAAGGGCAGAGCCGUCGAAGUGUUGCUCCCCGCACCGCGCUACACCGGGAAAUCUCCUUCAAGUUCACCUUCGAAAACUCCUGCGUCUUCGACUAGGCAAGCUACUGCGUCUUCAUCCAAACACGCGCCGGCAUCUCCGUCCAAGGCCGUACCCGUGUCUUCGUUCUAUGCUGCUCCCGCGUCUCCACCCAAACCCGUGGUCGCAUCUUCAUCCAAACCACCACCCGCACCCUCUCCUCCUCCUCCUUCGCCUCCUGCGCCUGCGCCAUCGUCGCCACCACCAGCGCCUUCCUCUCCCAUCGCAUCAACGUCAACCUCCGCCCCUCCACCACCGCCCGUCAAGAAAGGCCGCGUCCCCCCACCACCCCCAAGACGCCGAAAGAAACACAAGAACGCCACCGGCUCCGACGGCUCACCGAACACGAUCGACUUUCCGCUCCGCGCCGUCGAGGGAAGUCCAGUUGAACAAGGCUUCGAGGCGCUGUGGCGCAAGUUCCAUGUUAUUGGUGUGGGGUUGGGCAAGGGGCCUGUGCCGAGGAUUCCGGGCGCGACGUUUAAUGCGCCGAAGACUUGGUUGGAUCUUUAUUCGCCGAGGUAUACGAAGGGCGUUGGGAGGGCCAAGGUGGGAUGUUGUCCGAUCUGCUACGAGCCGCCGGCGCGCGGUGGGCAGGGGAGUUUGCAGUGGCUCAGUAUGAAGUUCAGUGCUUUCAACUACCAUAUGCAGUACUUCCACGGUAUCUCACCGCAAUCUGGCCGUCCCUUUUCCCCGCCUAUCGGUUUUCAGCUCGAUGUGCGGGCGAAGCCGUCGCCGCAUGAGCGCAAGGAGAUGAAACAAGGAAAGUGCCACAAAUGCGACCGUUGGGUCGAUCUCGAAGGUAUCAAGCCGGGCGACGCGAAAGUGCGCGAGAUAUACUGGUGGAAGCAUGCGGGCGCGUGCCAUAAGGGCGACGCGUUACCGGGCGAUACGGACCCGUAUGUGAAGGAUGAGGUGUAUGAGCUGAUGGUUGCUCAAGAGGCCGAGGAGGCUGCGCUGGCGGCGGCUGCACAGGAGGGAGCGGGAGAGGCGGGAGUGGAAGGAGCGGAAGAGGGUGCUCCUGCAUCUCAGACGGCUUCUACGUCGACGGCACCUCCUCAACCUCUCACUGCUGCACCUCGUAUGCCACGCACACCCGUCCUCGUACCAAACUCGUCGUCCCCGGCCCAGCCAUCCGCGCCCACACCAGUCCCAGGCGCAUCAAUCGCCCUCCCGAUGGGAUACACGGCCGUCUUCCCACCAGGCAUGGACCCGCGCAUGCUAUGGAGCGGCGUACGCACGCCCGUUCAAGGUGGACCUGCUGUCCCCGGGGCGAACUAUACGUUGCUUGGGUAUCGAGCUGCCGCGGCUGGAUCUGGGACGCCGUUGGUGCCGACCAGGACGGGCAGUGGUGCGGGGUCUAGCGCUACACUUACGCGGGCGGACUCGGAGCUUGCGAGGUUCACGGAGGCGGUUGUCGCUGCUGCUGAGAGGGACGCGGAGAGCGCGCUUAUGGAGGAGAUGUUGAAUGUUGGGGCGCAGACGGGGGGAGAUGUCGGCAUUGGCGCCAGUGCGGAGGCUGGAGAUGAUGUUGAGAUGUUGCCCGCGGCUCCUCCUGCUGCUGAACCGCAGGCGGCUCCCAUUCACGUCGUGGCUGAUGUGGUUACCGAUGGUGAAGGUGAUGGAAGGGAGAACGCCGAUGUUGUCGACACGAAGGGGAGGGAUGUGGACGCUGGGCACUCUGAUGCUGUCGCCGCUGGCGGGGCCUCCGUCGGAAACGCUGGCGAUGAUGUCGCGAUGGAGAUGUCCGCAUCAGUGCCCAAUCAGCCUUCAGAGCUUCCAGAAGCUGAGCAGGGUGAAGCUGUGAACGGAGAGGGUGGUAGUCGACAAGCGGACGAUGAGGAUGCGGAGGGGGAGACUGAUUAUGAGAUGGAGGCCGCUGGGGAAGUAGAAGUGCUCGUUGGCGCUGGAGACGCCAUGGACGUCGAUGCCUGA